AUGUCAAGGCGAAGCUAUGAUAGUUUCGCUCAUGAGAAAAGGCUAUCCAAAUACCGCGUCACAGAUGAAGAAUUAUUCAAUUAUGUCCUCCGAGUAACCUAUCUGAGCUAUCUCAUGCUACCCAAGACCACUGAUUCAAGCUCGAAGCCUUCUGAGGCAUCAGAAAAGGAGAGAGAACAUUCGUCAAGACUAUCGGCGCUUUCCAAUUUCUCGAUCAGCGAUAUUAUCAACUUCAGAGAGGGGCCGAAGAGUGUCAAGUUUCCAGAGAAGUUGAUGCGAGUGUUGGAGCAGAAGUUACAGGAUAUCGCGAUGGGUAAAGACCCGAGUUAUUCAGAUCAACUCGUGCGGCGAACGAUGGCCAAAUUCUACGGGCAGUUCAUGGUGGACAGUUUCAAACGCCAGAUGAAAGAGAAUAGGAAAAUUGAAGAGCUCAUUCUCUUGUUCGCUACUCAAGCCACCGGCGUUCUCAGAAAGGAGUCCACUUUAGCUGGCGAUAUGUGGAAGGUCGAGCUGAACAAGCAUAUCGCGUUAUUCGUCAAGUUGCUGCGGGAGUGCCUACGAAAUCUAAACCAUGUGUCACCCGAACUACUUUCGAGAUUGGACGUUUAUUCAGCGAAGCUCGCUCCCGCCAAUAGCGACUCCGGCUACGAAACAUCUUCCACAUCAAGGGAUCGUGAUUCGCCGUAUUUGAUGAUCAGCGGUAAUGUGGCCGAUAUGGAGUUGGUGAAAUCUGUGGCCGUGUUAUUUAAGGUUUCCGACUCGGUUGUACAGAAAGAGGUGGACGCGUUGCGAACGACAUGUACAGAAAAGGCGGCAUUGACCGAUCUGAAAACAUGUCUGAAGAACAUCAAUGCCGGAGCGUCUUUUCCAGGUCGACGCGAGGAUUUCAAUAGUGAUGCUGCGUGGCAACAUUGGAAGACUGUGGAAACCACUCAUCUUCAGCAAAUGAUGUUGGCAAUGGUACAGUUCAAUCCUGAACUUGCCAAGUCAGCUCCAACAGACGUUUUACCCUCAGCAUACGCACCAAGUGGACGACCAGGUUCAUUAUACGACACCUCAAGCCCUACCACCCGAAAUGCUUCAAUCUCAAUCGGAAGCCGGCGGUCACUCUAUGCAAAUACAGAAGAUGCGGAAAUUGAAGACGAUGGCGAAGAGGACAUAGAAGUUGGCCACAAUUUCACCUACAUCCCCCCAAAUCCCAAGAGGUUUUACAAGCGUCUCCUUGAGAUUUGCUUGAUCGCAGACUUGGAGGCUAUGCUUAGCCCAGAAGUAGACGAUAAUGACGAAGUGUCUUUAGGCAUCCUAUCUCCACCCCAUAUAGAUCUCAUAAAUGAAUGUGCGGUGCGGUGGCGAAUAGGGCAACAAUACCGAGCGACGUGUUUCUUGGAUCUGGUCCGACAGUUUUACGAGCGGAACGACGUUCCACCGGAGUGCGUACCCGAGGCAUUACAAGCCGUGACACGGACUUUGCAUGACACUGAGAUGGACAACUGGCCAAGAUCAGAUUCUGAAUUUCUUUGUAGUACCUAUGGAAGUCUUUUCAACGUCUUCUUGUCUUCCCUGUACCACGCAAUGGACGCUCUACCCAAUUUGAAGCCAGCCGAUAUAGAACUCUACCUUUACGUCCUGGAACACGUACGAGACAGCGGCCUUUUGGAACGGUUUGAUCUGGAUAUCAGUGCACGACUAGCGGAUGUCAAAGACAAGAUCAAACAAGUUGCUGCUCAGCACUAUGACAACAAACUCCAGGAGCUUCAAGCUGCACCGGGAGUCAAUCGAGCUCUGCCAUUACUUUUCAUGACAGAUGAACUAGAGAAGUCAGCGAAACUGCUCGAUAAACGAUUCCCAGAAUCAGUGUUGGGUGAACUCGAUAUCGUCUCCCUCAUGGUGGAAGUUGAAGUUCCACUAUUUGUCACGGAUUUGAAAAACUCUCAGAAACGAUUAUUUGAGUCGUCCAUGAAUGGGCCAACGCCUGAUGUUCCCAUUCAGGACAUAUUCACACUUUACAGGAGAACAAAGACCCUCCUAGGCAUGUAUACAGCUUUUUGUCCUCAGAGCCAGGUCGAUUUCGACAUUGGAGCCUUCUUUGAACCAUAUGUGCGACAAUGGUUGACAAAUACGGAUAACACCACGGAGAAAUGGGUUCAGGCUGCAAUUGCAGCGGACAAGUUUCAAGCAGAGGGUGCUGAGGGGCACAGUUCAUCGAUUGUAGACUUGUUUGACUCUCUUCGAAGUCCAAUCAACUUUUUGCAAGACCUUGAAUGGGAUGAUGAAUAUCAGAAUGCGAGAUUCUUCACCUCUGUUGCGAAGAUCGUCGCAAAGGCAGUGGAAUUAUACUGUCGCAACAUCGAAACUAUGUUUUUAGCGGAGAUGUUUCCUCGGCCAAACGAUUAUUUGCAGCCUCAGAAGUCCUCAGCCUGGCUCGAGAAAGCGAAGCAGCUUGCUAUUCAAGAAGAGAAACGAGUGGAACCGUUCAAUUUCCAACCAGAGACCUGUGUAAAGCUCAACAACGUCGAAGGUGCACGGCGAUUACUUGACAACAUGUAUGAACAAAUGCAGGCCGAUCAAAUUGCCGAAGUCCUGAAGAAACAGGCACCUCCCGUUCCUGCGAAGGUAGAGCGCGAACGGUUCCUGUUCACGGUAAAGAUAGUUCGUGCCGAGGGACUGAUUAAUGUGGAUGGUGCCUCGUCGAACAAGUUGGACACUUUUAUCACUCUCAGUGACGAGAAUGGGAACCGGGUUGCAAAGACACGGACAAUUUAUGAAACAUCAGAGCCCCGGUGGGAGGAGACUUUUGAUAUAUCACUCGAGAAAGCUCUAUGGUUGAUGGUCAGCAUUCGAGAUCGUGCGCUGGUCGGAAAACAUGAUACUGUCGGCCGGGCCUACUUGUGUCUCGACCCUCGGCGAUUCGGCGACCUAAUCACGCACGACUUGUGGAUGGACCUCGACACACAUGGGCGCGUUUUAACGAGAGUCAGCAUGGAAGGAGAGAAGGAUGAUAUCCAGUUCUAUUUCGGGCGGGCUUUCCGAUUUUUGAAGAGAGCUGAGGCAGAUAUGCUUCGGAUUUUCAUUGACAAAAUGUCACCCUUUAUUCGCCAAUGUCUCUCUCGUAGUGUCGUCAAGUCACUUCUCAAGGCAAAUAUCGUCGGACUGGAUUACAAUAAAGCACUUGGGAACGUCACUUCGUUAUACCGUUCGGCGAUCGGAACGUCCUCCAGCGAAGUCCAGAUACCACUCCCGCAAUCAGAGAAACCUAGAGUUCGGCCAGAUGAUUUGACAGACGUUGAAAUUGAACAGGCGAUAGUGCCACUUUUUGACUACUUCGACGCCAAUCUCCAGACAUUAAACACCUACCUCAGCGAGACGGCAAAGGAGAAGGUCAUGACGCGGGUAUGGAAGGAGAUUUUGAUUGUUAUCGAGGGCCUCUUAGUUCCACCACUUUCCGAAGUCGCAAGUGACAUGAAACCUCUCAGUGAUAAGGAAGUCGACAUCGUGUUCAAGUGGUUGAAGUUCCUCCGAGAUUACUUUUACGCUGGUGGCGAGGGGCCCGUUCCUCUCGAAGCGCUUCAAAAUCAAAAAUACCGUGAUGUCGUUUCAAUCCGCCUUUAUUAUGACUGGACAACUGACGCUCUCAUGGAGGAAUGCGUUCGGAUGAUGCAACAAAGCCUUCGUUCGUCGCCUUCGACUGUGACACGUGCCAAGAGUGUAUAUCAGCAACGCAAUCUCGGUACUAUCAAAAAGAGGAAGAAAGAGAAGCAAGAGGAGAAGGAAGUCACUAAUGGCCAAACUAUCAUGCAGAUUCUGCGGAUGAGAUCAGGGACGUCAGACUUCAUCGCUCAGCAACUUCAGAUGAUGAAGGAGAUGCAACGCGAAAAGGAGCGGGCAGGCAAAGAUCAACCCAAGGCUGGAAAGAAACAGGGACAACAGCCCCCGUUACCACCUCUCCCUUCAUGA